AUGGAUGGUGAUUGGCAGAGUAAUGAUGGAGACGAAGGAUUUGAUGAUGGAGAUGAAGCAGAGGAAGAAAAUGUUCCCAUGGACAUAAACUUGGUCACAGAAGGAGAAGAUGAACUAUUAAACGGUCCUCGAGCGAGUGUAUUCUAUAUGGUGCCACAGUCAGAGGAUAAAGGCAAAGACUACACAAAGACUGAAGUGGAGGAGAUGAUGAAGUCAGAGCAGUACCAAAAGAAAAUUGAUACUUGUCAUUUAUGUGGUCAAUGCUGGUACGAGGGCAAGUACAGUAAGGAUUGUCCAGAGUGUGAUGGCCAUCACAUGACCCGACCCUGUGCUAUAUGUGGAGGGGAAUGUAACCAGGUCUGGAACCGGGAUGUCAAGAUUUCACAUUCUUUCCACAAGGCUCAUUGGGAUGGGAAGUGCAUGCUUCCCAUAGAAGCCCAGAAUGCAUACAAGAAACGAAAUUCCUCACCAAGGUCACUGACGGAGGGCAUGCAGGACUUGUCAACGAGAUAACACAGUGGUGCCCUCUGUAGAAGUAAAUCAGAGGUUUUCUGGAACAGGAGACUUAACUUUAAAAAAUUGGAAACCUUUCACUUCUACAGUCCAUCACUAAUGAGAUUUAGAUAUCUAGAUGUACUUAACAUUGUAUUUUGGUUGAGUUCAAUCAAAAUCUAAUGCGCUUUACAAUACAUGACCUAUUUGUGCAGUUAAUAUCGCUUCAUGAUAUGACUUAUUUAUGCAUUUGAAAUACUUACAUACAUACUUUGCACAUUCACACAUUAAAUGAUUUUUUUUUUAAUUCCUAAGUAUGAUAAAUUUGCUUUUUCUGCUCUGAAUGUUUUAUCAGUUAAGGUUCUCUAUUACCAGGUAAAUUUAAACCAUCACUAAUCUGGUUGUCACAAAAUUCACCCUCAUUCACCCAGCCACUCAGUUGUCCUGAAAAUCAGCCACAUUCACCAACCCUUCUCUUAUCUAGUUGUCUAAAUAUGUAGUCUCAUUCAUGGAACCACUACUAAUCUGGCUGUCUGAAUAUUCAGUCUCUUUCACCAAACUACCAUUAAUCUGGUUUUUCUGAACAUUCAGUCUCUUUCACCUAGCCACAAUUCAUUGGGUUGUCCUAGUAUUCAGCUUCGUUCACCACUAAUCUUGUCGUCCCAAUAUUUAGCCUCAUUUACCUAGCCACCACUUAUCUGGAAGGUCUCAAUAUUUAAUUGGGAAGAGUAAUUUUGACACCUAUGUCUGGACAAACUGUAAAAUUAAUUUCUCAAACUCUGCCUGUUCACUAGUAUUUCAAAUAAUAAAAUGUACACCUCUGUGUUAAUGAUGUCCAUACUACAGGACCGAUAAACAAGGAAAUUUCUGACAAAACUCACGUUAUACAGUUAUUUGCAAUUUGUAAUCUACUGUAAGUUGGAAUAUUGUUAAAUAUGGCUAUACACAACAUUUUGACAUUUUGUUCACCACUGGAAAAUAUCUAGUACAAAGUUUUACAUUUCUUUGGAAAGCAGAUUGUCAGAUAAUGAAAUUACAUUGUCAAUGGAGAGUUAUAGCCCUUUGUAUAAGAAAGUUUGUCAAUGUUAAUCUCUUGAUUAUUUUGAGUGUUGGUCCUGCCUUGACAUAGCACUCACACGUUGCUACAGAAAUAUAUUAACUAAUUCAUUGACUCAACUGGUCAAAGUGUAACCUCCUGUUGUUUUUAUUUGGUAUGGAAUAACAGAGAACACAAAACAUAUCAUUAACAAGUAAACCAUUGUCAGAUUGAUUUAACUGGAGCAAUACUUGUGUACUCUGUUGGAUUACAUGUGUGUUUAAAAUGAGACUUGAUUACAAGUCCUGAACAUGAAUUUGAAGUGUUGCUAAACACAACUUUGUAACCAGGGUAUGUAUGUUUACUAUUGUAUGUUAAAAUUUCUUAUUGAACAAAAUGUGGAAUUCCAAAGUCUUGGGUUUGAAUACUGGUGUGGCCAUUUCAUUUUCUUUUUUAAUGCAUCAAUUAAGAUCAUUAGAGUACAGUAAAUAUCAUGGCCUAAUACCAAGUGUAAAAGACUUAAUCUCAUAUAUAUAUAACACUCAUAUAUAAGCUUCCUUACCGAUAGAUACUGCUGACAGAAUCAUGGAAAAACUUUAUAUAGCAUGAUACUUUCAUUUUCCAUUUAUGAUGUAUUGCAUCAAAUUGCAUAAUAUAUAUGUAUAUUUCGCAUAAAUUGUUGACUUUUGUAUCUCUAAGCUUGCAUAGCUGAGGUAAUUAACAUUGUAUAUAUUAUAUGUAUAUGGUAAAAUGUUGUAAUUUUUAUUUUUUUAUCAGUAGAUUGAGUUCUUUAUUUGUUGAUGUGCUUUAUGUCUCUAGCUUACCCCAAC